ACGAGGCUCGUCGCGCACCGUACUAUUGCCGGAAGCGACGUCGCGCGCGCGCCGAUCCGUUUUGGCGGGACGGGGAUUCGGUGCGGAGGAAGCUGCCCAGCACCGCCGGCGCUGUUUGUGUCUCGCCGAUAUCGUACGAUUUAAUUGGACAGAAAUUACCUGCAUUCUUUGGUGUGAUAUGGACCAGAAAUGUAAAGAGGUGCGGGAAUGGCUGAGCCAGGUGCUGGGGGAGCAGCCCAUGCCACUGUUCGAGGACAACGUCCACACCGUCGAGCUGCUGCACAGCCUCAUGCAGCAGAACCGUGAGCACGAUCGCUGCAACGCUCUCCUCCUCGAAGACUACAAGCAGAAGUCCCUGGAGUACCAACUGGAGGCCGAGCGCCUGCAGCAGCUGCUGAUGGACGCGGUGGGUGUGUCCCCAUCGGCCCUGUCCUCUAGCAGCACUAGCAGCCUGCAGGCCAUUGUCCAGAGUGCCAUGGUCCUGGAGUUGAACAGCACUUCAGAGAGCAGCCUCAUGCAAGCGAUAAGCGAGCUGAAGGCGGAGGCGGAGGAGGUACGGGUGGAGAAGGAGGCGGAGGAGCGCCUGGUGAAACGUCUGGCCAGCAAGGCAGCGGCCGCUUUUACUCAGCAGGAGCAGCUAAAGCUGGACUUGGCACGGGUGGAGCAGGACGCAGAAGUAGAAAAUGCCAAGAAACAGAGAUACCUGCAGCUCACCGACUUCCUGCAGAGGAAAAGCGUGGACUACAGAGUACAGUUAAAGUCUGCCCAGGUGAAACUGGCUGCAUCUGGCGUAGAUCCAUCUCUGUACCACCAGUCACUGGUCACAAAGGGGGAGGAACUUACCAAACUCAAGAAGAAAGUUUCUACCCUAAAAGCGGAGCUGAACGUUUAUAAGGAUCUCCCCCCGAAUGUGUCACUGGCAAGAAUUAAAAUUGAGGAAGCCAAGAGAGAACUGGCUGCCCUGGACAAGGAACUUGAGGAGGAUUUCCAAAACUUCUGAAAAUAUACUUCGUGCUGGCAUUGAAACCAUUUCCAUCCUUGCGUUCGUACAUUUCUUGAGCUCACCAGGAAGGUGUUGACAUUCAAGAGAACCCGUCUCAUUCUCUCUCGAAUACCGAGUUAUAACAGGAUAGAUAUAACUCAAGCUAACAUUUUCAGGCAAGAAACCUUCAGUGGCCUUUCUUAUAAGUGGUCUGCCAUUGUUCGAACCGUUAGCCUUUUAUAUGUUUUUCCUAGCAAAGUGUGGGUCGUGAGGGUUAUUUGGACUAUUUUACCAUGCUAACCAGUUAGGGUUGGUAAAGGCAUUGUUUUGAUUUAAAGCUUUCGUGACUGCAGGGAUUCAUAUUCUUGGUUCUUUCGGUAAAGGCACGUAGAAGGGAAACAAUAAAAUAAUAAAAAUAUAAAACAAUACAAUCCUCACGACGUUUAUUGUUUCCCUUCUACGGGACUUUACCGAAAGAACCCAGAAUAUAAAGGCAUUGUCGUUGCAAGCUUUGCAGAGUACAACAAUGUAAUCUGCUGACAGUGUAGCAUCGGCAGCAAUCUACAAACACCGGUUUAAUGCAAGGUUGGUCACCCACCAAAAUACUAUCCAGGCCCAAAGCUGCUUAGCUUCUAGGAUUUGAUAAGAUCGGGCAUUCAAAUCGAAAAGCAUUCAUUCUUACGUGAUUCGGUGCCAUGCAUCGUGAUCUUCAAAGAUAUAUGAAUCGAUACAUCAUCACAUUAAUAAUAUUUAUAUAAAUAGGAUAUUAAAGUUGGAUUUAUUCCAAGUCCUUGUAAAUUGUUUCAUUAAUUACUCUUCAUAAAAACCUUAUGUUUAAAAACCCUGGCUUUGAUUUUGUCACUGGAUGCAAGGAUUUGGUAUGCGUUGGUGACUCGUUCUCAACUUGUGAUCAGAUUGGUUGUGUGUCCCUCCUGCCCUUGGACAGAUUAUAUUUUGUUUUGCACCAAUUUAUAAUAGAAUUUUGAAACCCAAGGUAAAGUCUUAUUUUCUUCGUGCAUUAAUCAACUUUAAAAAAAAUCUAGAGAACGUGUUAGAAAGUGACAAAGCUUUAUUUUGGUAGUUCAUCGAAUGGAGUAUAUAAAAAAGAUACUAAAACGUGUUAUAUAAUACACUUUACAUCACGCACCAGUCACAACACCGCCACAACCACCCAGUCAACUUAACAGGACAAAGUUUGCUUGAAAAUGUAUUGAUGAUGAUGCUGCAUAUAUCUUCACUCAUUGCAAGAUACCGUAAUGUGGAUUUUUUAAAGUAACUUUUUAAAAAUAUAUAUAUAAAAAAAUCAACAAUAACCUAAAUCUGUCAGUAUGUAAAAUGCCUAAAGUAAAUGUACGUAAAAUAGUAUUGCAUUUAAAUUAUGUUACAAUACCUGCAGUGAUCUGGCCAUCAUUUGCAUUCUCAUGAUUUCAAAAAUAAAUUUAAAUAUGCGGGGAAUGAAGAUCGCAGCUGUAACAAUGAGAAUAAAACACUUAAAAACAUAGUCAUCUCUUAUAAAAGUUACAUUUAUGCAACGUUAACACUGGGCAUACUGUACUCACAAGAGAACCGGUCCUUAUCCAUAGACGUAAAUGCCUACGCACCCACAUAAGACGACUGCUUAAUAUCCAUGCACAGCUGGCAAGCUUAAAUACAAUAACGGAUAGCUGCAUCUGUACAAACAUGUGUGCACAAUGGCUCUCUUCUGUGCGGUCACGGACACAGCACGCAUUUAACACGCCCUGCUUGAUGACAAAUUAACCCUGGCCACACACACAGCGCCUUUUCGUGGCUUGAUGCCAACCUGCAUCGUGCCACAAAGACCAAUAUUGGCAUCGGGCAGAGGACAGUACCAAUUUUGCUUUGUUAUGGGUGUCGCGUCUUCUUUGCUUGUGUCGGAGGUAUGUCCAGCAUUGUGAGUCCCCCCGCAAUGCAUUUGAAUGGUGUGUCCUCCACAUGGUGCCAAUUAAGCUGCUGUGUAUGUACAAGUAUAGCCCUUUUUGUCUUUCCACUGCUGGAUAAGGGCCUCCCCACACCUUAUGCAGGCUGUGGGGGUUAUGCGAUCAUACAUCAUUGUGCUCGUCGAUGCGUGUUGGUGAAGACGAGGGGCACAGACGUGGGAGCGUUGGAAUACAGUACGGCAAUAGAUUCUGCUCCACUGACCUCACCACGUCGCCCCCGCAGUCUAUGGCAACCUGUUUGUGUAUGGCAGUCACCAAUACAGCACUACUCAACGCUCAUCUUUGCUUAGCUUCUGCAUUCUGAGUGAUAUGGCAACGUGUGCACAUGAAAGCAAUACAACGCGGCGUUUUGAGUUGAGUCGCAGGACUGGGAAUUGUGUUUCAUUGGGCAUGA